UCAAAAAUAGUUAUACGCAUGCAAUAAUAGUGUUAACAUUUGUACUUUUCUGUUAAUUUAAAAGUUCUUUGACAGGAUACCUUUAUCAGGGAAGCUGGAUACCGAGUUCGCUUAUCUAUACUAUAUAGGGUAUGUACAUUUCGGUUUGAGAUAUGAAUCAUUUUGUUUCAAUAAACGUUGCUGUUAUUCUUUUGGCAUUAUUCGAUAACGGGAAAGCACAAAGUACAGUAUCACCAUGCGUUGAUCUUGUCAUAGCGUUCGACGUAUCGUGUAGUUUGGCUGAUGGCGAGAGAGAAACGGCACUAACAUUAGUUCAACAAUUAGUGAACAAUCUUGGCGUUCCCACCAACCAGAUUGCUCUGUUUACAUAUGAUAAAUACAUCUACCAUAAAAUGUACCUUAAUGAUUUCAAGAUGAAGAUACUCUAUCUAAGUGCAUUAGGAAAUGUCAAUACGCAAGCAAAGAAAUGUAGAACAAAAACAUGGAAGGCACUGAGAACAGCACGACUCAAUUAUUUUACAGUUGAAAAUGGAGAUAGGCCAAAUGUGAAGAAUGUUUUGUUGUUGUUCACCGAUGGAAUAUCCUAUCCAAAAUAUAAGUACAGCAAAACAGUUUUAGAGGUACAAAGAUUAAAAUCAAGCCUCUCAGGUAGUCAGUCCAGUGAUUCUCCAACAGAUAUCUACGUGAUUGGACUGAAGAACAAAUACGGUCACAAUGGAGAAAAGGAAUGGGAAACUAUAGCAACUGAUCCAUUCUAUGUGUAUCCACUUACCGAUGUCGGCAUGAUCGUCCAAAAUCUAAAGUCUGAUUUUGAACAGUACACUUGCGAACUCUAGGAUCUAACUGGCCAAUAAAGUGAUAACUGGCCAAUAUAGUGAUGCCUGUUUGAUAUAUUUCCAUGGAAAGUUUUGAUUUCAGUUUAGAUGAUUGCAUUUUAAAACAAAAAAGACCUAUAAGCUUGGUCGUUAAAAGUAUUUUAUUGGUUAAUCCAGUAACUUAGUUUUCGGCCAUGUUCAUGUGUCCAAACAAUUCUGCUUGGUAUUCGGAGAAGGAUUUUGACCGUUUCGAUGUCUGGGCGUCAUUAUUUUGUUUCUCUGAUGCUCUACGGCGAUCCGUUGUCUCAUCUUGAAGGCGUGGAACAGCGAGAUGUGAUAUUUCACUUAUUUCUCCUUCCCCUAUGAGCUCUGCAUCUUUGGUAUCAUCAUCAGCACCAACUUGCAGAUAUUUCGAUAGACGUGAUUCAAAAUGUUUCAAUAUAUCAGCAGACGCAAUAAACCGAUAACUCUCGAUGUCAGCUUGUCCGCCGAGUGUUUCUACAUCGUUUGAAUCUGCAUUGACUGAUAUGUCAUUCGACUGUGGAAUGUCGUCUGCAACACCGCUGACGUCAUCAUCGUUCUCUUCGGGAAGAAUAGGUCCUCCUGAUAUCAUGUGACAAAUGAUUGUCAAAACGAAUAUGACAUAUCUGACCCUCAUCAUCGUGAAAUUGCAAUAUAGAUCGAUCAACUAAAAAUGAGUAUUCUUUUGAACACACAACUUUAUUUACAUUUGAUAAAAUAAAAUAUAGCUAAAUAUAAUAAUUUCGUAAUUGUGACUUUUGCAUCGAGACUUUAACUUCACGCGUCGUGUUUCGUUAAAUGCAUAUCUCCAUCUGUCUCAAAUACAUCAUAUUUAUUAUGCAUACAUUUGAAAUAUCGGACUUGACAACGAAAUUAACAUAGUCAUACCACGGAUCAAUUUCAUGUUGAAUUUAGCAUUUGCAAGUAUGCUUUUAAUUACAUAAGCUCUGACUUAUAGCUACCUUUCUCUAAUUAUCAUUCUGAGAUCGAU